AUGUAGAUCAUCUUAUGAUUUUUAUUAAUUAUUUUUGUGAUAUUCUUCGAGUUAUUUUUCAUUACUUAUUGAAAUUAAAUUGAAAUUCAAGUCGGUCAUUGCAACGGUGUCACCUUAAUUCAAACUCGUUUCAAAUUAUAUGCAAUUGCAAAUAUUGCACUUUUUGAAUGUUUAUUUUUUUGGUGCUUCAGAGUUUUGACACUGUUAUCAGUCGGUUGAAGCUCAAGAAAAAAACCCGUGGAUAGAUCGCCAUUAAAAUUUUGCAAAUGGGUUGUACUCUACAAAUAAUUUGACCUGCUUCUGUACGUUUUACAAUUCAGUUCAUUAGAAUUCAUUCGUUGAAAGUUUUUUCUACUACUUUAUUACAAAAACCAAAAUGGUUUUUGACAUCUUGAUUUGUUUUUCUGAAUAUACAUUGUCAGAAUUGUAGUGAUUUCUGAUGGGACUCGAAAAUUUGCUGACGGGAUGACUAUGUGCUGUUGGAUUAAUGGUGGCGCUGGCGUCAAUAAUAUGGAUCACCAUCAUCUACAAUCAGUGUUAGAUUCUCGGAAGCAAGAAUUAUUAGAAGCGAGAUUUCUCGGAGCUAAAAUGUCGGCGGCCGCCUCUCAAUUGCAGAUGGCGCCACCCUCCGGGGUAAAUAUCACGCGUCAGCAGCAGCAACAACAACAACAGCAACCAGAUACCCAUCAGAUCAGUACUCAUCUACGUCAGCUCACGCAUCCGAGCGCCCUUAAUCCGCAUGCAAUAACGGCCACUGUGCUGACGCAGCACCAUCAUGCCCAGCAAGAGCAGCCGUCGCAUAACCAAGAUUCGUUGAGUGCCAGCUCGUCGCACAGCGACAAAGAACUACGCGAAUCGGUGACGCCGGAAAAACUAUCGAAAAGCAACGCCGAGCAACGUAAACAACGCAAACGCAAAGGAGAAGAUAGUUCUAGCGGCGAUCAACGUAUGACCAACGUGAAAACGUCGUCGCGAUCCGUAACCGUAGCCGAUAGUAAAAAAAUUAACGAAUACUUCGUCAAGCAUCCAGCUACUAGUCCGAUACGUUCAAACGCUCCUAAAAUCCCUGCCUCCGGUUCCGCGUCGCAGCAUACGGCUUUUAUAUCGGAAUUAGUGCGGCCGGUCAGGGUAACCGCGCCUGAGUACGAAAACCAACAACACCAGAUAUCCGAUUUACAAUCGAAGAACGCACAAAUCGAAGAACUGACUCGUAUUAAUGAAGAGCUUCUGCGUAAGUUAUCGUCUCAGCAAAAAAUCAUCGAACAGCAAAAUUCGCAAAUGGCCAAAUGUACCGACGUCAUUAAAAACCUGCUGCGCGAAAAAUCAGAUAUCGAAAAGAAAGAAGCUAGACAAAAAUGUAUGCAGAAUCGUCUACGGCUCGGUCAGUUCGUUAUGCAACGAGUUGGUGCUCAGUUUCAGGAAAUAUGGAUGGAAGGGUACGCGUUUCAAGAACUCAAUCGUCGCCAAGAAGAAUUGGCCGCCGAGCGAGAAGAAAUCGAUAGACAGAAGAAGCUGCUAGCCAAGAAAAGGCCCACCACCGAGUCCGGCAGAAAAAGAGCUUCAUCUAGCGGAGCUGCUACUAAUGUUCCUAAUAAUUCUGGACCAGGUAUGCUACAUAACGGCACCAGCAGCGACGGAUCGAAUAGUGGCGCUUCGACUACGCCCAAACCGCAAGAAAACGCCUUCACUUUUCAAGAGUAUUACGAAGCUGACGAGAUUUUGAAACUGCGACAAUCUGCUUUGAAAAAGGAAGACGCCGAUUUGCAAAUGGAAAUGGAGAAAUUAGAAAGAGAACGAAAUGUUCAUAUACGCGAACUGAAACGUAUCCAAAACGAAGACCAAUCCGAGUAUAAUAAUCAUCCGGUGUUAAAUGAUCGUUACUUUUUGUUAAUGUUGUUGGGUAAAGGUGGCUUCAGCGAAGUUCAUAAAGCUUUCGAUUUAAAAGAACAACGUUACGUCGCGUGUAAAGUGCACCAAUUGAACAAAGACUGGAAAGAAGAUAAAAAAGCCAAUUAUAUUAAGCACGCCAUUAGAGAGUAUAAUAUUCAUAAAUCCUUAGAUCAUCCGAGAGUAGUGAAACUGUACGAUGUGUUCGAAAUAGAUGCUAAUUCGUUUUGCACCGUUUUGGAGUAUUGCAGCGGUCACGAUUUGGAUUUCUACCUAAAACAACAUAAAGUUAUCGGCGAAAAAGAGGCCAGACUGAUUAUUAUACAAGUAGUUUCUGCUCUCAAGUAUUUGAACGAAAUCAAGCCUCCAGUUAUUCAUUACGAUUUAAAACCAGGAAAUAUUUUAUUAGUCGAAGGGAACGUGUGCGGUGAAAUAAAAAUAACCGAUUUCGGUCUAAGUAAAAUAAUGGAUGAAGAAAAUUACAAUCCGGAUCACGGUAUGGAUUUAUCGUCCCAAGGUGCCGGAACGUAUUGGUAUUUGCCACCGGAAUGCUUCAUGGUUGGCAAAAAUCCACCCAAGAUAUCGUCAAAGGUGGAUGUUUGGAGCGUUGGCGUGAUAUUCUAUCAAUGUUUAUACGGUCGAAAACCAUUCGGCCAUAAUUUAUCGCAAGCGUCGAUUUUAGAAGAAAAUACGAUUUUAAAAGCGACCGAAGUACAGUUUACAAAUAAGCCUGUUGUUAGUAACGAAGCGAAAAGUUUCAUCCGGUGUUGCUUGGCGUAUCGUAAAGAAGAUCGCUUCGAUGUAUUAGCUUUGGCUAAACACGAAUACCUUCAACCUCCGGUGCCGAAGCAUGUGCGACAAGCUGCCAAUAGUCAACAGCAACAGUUGCAACAACAAGUUCAACAGAGUUCCAGCACAUAUCACGGUUAAUAGUUCCUUUAGACUUUCAAUGUACGAACGAAAUUUAAAGAUGUGACAGCGAAGAAAAAUUGAUUAUACUGCUACAUUAUGUAUCGUAAAAACUUGGGUUUUUAUUUGCAUUUCGGUAUAAAUAACCUAACUUAUUUAACAUUGUAUGAUUAAGAUAUUAAGUGACCUGUUGUUUGACGAAAUUUCGGUGCAGUUUUUUCCCCUCAAUUGUUGUAUAUUUGUACCUUUAUACCUAUCUACGUGGGUGUAUUGUUUCUGAAUGGAAAUAAUACUUCGAUUAUCGCUGUUGAAACAUGGGAAGGAUUUUCGUUUUUAUUUCAUUACGACAAAUUAUUACGACUUCAUCACAAUUGAUCUUUAAAUUUUGGCCGUAUUUGUAUGUAGUAUUGAAUCAGAAAUUUGAUUGAUUUAUGUAUUUGUUUCGAAAGUUGUUCGCGUGAAUUUACCAGACAGCUAAUAAAAUUGAUAACUCGUGUACAUGUAUAAAAUUAUUAUUUGUUAAGAAAGAAAAAAGGUCGCAAUGAAGGACGAAUGAAAAGAUUAUAUUUGAAAAUUGAAUUAGAGCUUUUAUACGAAUUUGACUUUGUGGAGCGAGUAUCAAUGAGUUGCAUUUUUAUUAUGUUGGUGCGUGAUGAAAAAUGGUUGAUUAAAUGAUUAUGUAUCAUAUUGUACUUGUUAUAAUUAUUAAGCGCGUUUUAUCGAUUUCGACGUUAUUUUUAAAUUAUAUAAUUCGUUUUAUUUUUUUUUUUCAUUUUUUUAAAAAUUCGAUUAUUACUCUGUUGUUCUGCCUUAUUUACUUAUUUAUUUAUUUUUUUCGCGUAUUCCUGUACAUAAUUGUAUUAUAAUAACGUUUUUAUUAAUUUCCCCGUUUUUGUUAGGUUUAGUGGACGAUUCGAUCGUUUUGUUUCUUUAUUUUUAUGUGAUAUAAUUUUUUUCCUUUGUUAGACUUUAUUAUUAUAGUAAUGAAUUCGAAGAUGUAAUCGCUAAGGGAAAUCGCGCGUUGAUUCUUCCGGAGUCUCUUUACGAGUGAAUUGUUAUUACGUUUCUUUCUUUCUUUCUUUUUCUUUUCUUUCUUCCUUUUUUUCUUUUUCGUUGAAAAAAAACAAUCUCGUGUGCAUUUAAAAAUAAGUCGUUUUUUCAGCUGUGUAUAUUUCGAUGAAAAAUUACUUAAAUUCGUAAAAGUAACUGAUCGCUAAAUAUAUUUAGAUUUGUAUAUUUAACGUAAUACUGUUUUAUUAAUUUAUAUUUCUUUUAUGAAACUAUAUAACGUUUAUUGUAUUAAUGUAAACUUUGUACAAAAGUUUAGCGCCGUCGUGUAUAAUUUGAAAUAAAAGUAAUAUAUACCGCAA